AAAAGACGAUAAGCGAAGAUGGCUCCUCAGCCUUAUUUAACUAUGUACAAAGAGCAGUUUGCCUCUCCUGGCACAGCAAAACGAGAACAGCUUCGACCCACCUCUGCCCACCGCAGGAACAACCCCCAGCCCCGGCCGGACUUUCUGUUUCCCAAGAGCCUUCAGUCCAACUACAGGUCACGCCGCACAUUACCACACCCCUCGCCCCCUGCGGACAUUGGCCGUCCCCUCUUCCCCCCUGUCAGACAUUUAUCUUUCCACAGUCCAGUUGUGACUUGUCCAGACAACUACCUGAUAACAGGCAAACCAAACCUCAUGCCUCCUGUCAACCCAUCCCCAGCACAAGCUCUGCCCUCUGCUGACGCACUGCAGAAACUACAACUGACUGAGCCUCCUUCUGGCACUGAGUUUAAGCUUCAUGCAGCUUGGAGGAAGCCAACAGCAAGGGCUGUCUAUCCACUAUCAGCACCGCAACUCAGGCAACAUGCAGGGGCCCAGCUCCGAACAAGACCCCAAACCACCAACCCUCAAUACCACUCUCUACGAAGGUCUAGCAGCCAGAAUAAUAGUGGGUGCUACAGCUGCUUCCACGUGGUGAAGCCCUACCAGGCCGGACACUACAUCAUACACCCAGAGUUUGUGUCUGAGUGUCUUCGUUAGGACCAUUAGCACUGUUUACCAAAGCGGCGACUGGGGACCUGCUGAGGUCCUUUAUGGAGAUUGUUAACUUCACUAUUGUUUAAUUCUUCACUAAUUAACCCAGCGAGACAAGGUGUAAGAAUGAAUAAUGUAACUGUAGGCGGCACUCUUAAAACUAUUAUAUCCCUUCACAGCGUGGCCACUUUUACAACUCAGUACUAAAUCAAGCAGCAAAGAUCUUCCCAGAGUGAGGCAAUGUGGCUCUAAUGUGUUUCAAUCUGUGGCAUUAGAAGUGUAUCCUACUAUUACAGAUAUAAUCUUUUGAUAAAGGAAUUCUUUAAUGCG